AGCUAGGGAGGGCAAACCCUACCUUCCACUCUGUUGAGAUUGUUAGCAGUGCGCCCUUUCCAAUCUUUCCCGCCAAUUUGAAGUGGGAAAGCAGAUAAUCUUUCCUGGAGAGUAUUUAGGGAUUUUUUAUCGUCGCAGUUUGCUUCAGGUCCUACCGUGGGUGAAGUUAUCCUUCCAACCGUGCAGAGAGCCUCCUUAUCUUUUCGACUGGUGGUGAGUAACCCGAAGUCUUGCAGAAGAAACCUACCGAGGAAACUCACUCGACACUCUGGUGGUGGUCUUCAGAUCAAGCAAAAUGAGCUCAGAGGUUCAAGACACGAUCAAGUCAAAAGAAAUGCCCCAGAAGAUUGGCCCCCCAGUCUCUUGUGCUCCCGGUCCUCGGCCAUCCCGUAUCACUCUGACAGCAACAACGGUGAUACUCGAACCAUUGAUGCCAUCCCACGCCACCGAACUUUACGACAUUGUGAAAGGCGACAACAACCACCGGCUCUGGACAUACCUAUUUGACAACCCUUAUGAGUCACUCGCGGCCUUUCAAGAAGCCGUGACUGCAAAAUCUCAAUCCGAGGACCCCAUGUUCUUCGCCGUCGUCGACCAGAAAACCGCAAAGCCGGUCGGCUGGAUAAGCCUCAUGCGCAUCGACACUAGACACUGUGUCGUGGAAGCCGGGAACAUCCUCUUCUCCCCGCUGCUGCAGCGCACAAAGGCCGCCACGGAGGCAAUGUACGUGCUGGCGAAAUACGUCUUUGAGACUCUACAUUAUCGACGGUACGAGUGGAAAUGCGACAACCUGAACACGCCCUCCAAGCGAGCAGCAAUCAGGUUCGGGUUCACGUUUGAGGGGAUAUUUCGAAAGCACAUGGUCUACAAGGGGAGGUCUCGGGACACAUGCUGGUUUUCCAUGACCGACGACGACUGGUUUGAGGGGGGUGUGAAGCGGGGGUUUGAGGAGUGGCUGGACGAAGGGAAUUUUGGUGAGGACGGGACUCAGAGGCGGCGACUGGAGGAUGUCAGGCGGGAGCUGAAGGGGCAGAAAGGGCCUGUAGUAUUGGAGUUGUGAGUUCUCUUCCCUAUUUCUCUGGGUAUAGACGAGGAGAGAAGCGGACACGGUGAGGCAGAUAUGUUGAUUGGGGUUUGCUACAGAGGGUGGCAAUUUACUCCCGGGGGAUGCAGAAUAACAAAGGAUAAUGAUUGGAGGGUCUGCAUAGUCAAUAAAAGAG